AUGGUAACGGAUCGUCGUCGAAUUCUCCGACGGCCACGACGAGAAUUGGGACUCGAGGCUUUAGAAAAGCAGCAGCACUUGGCACAACAAAUUGCAAGUGUUGUCGCACUUUCAUUGCAACAAAAUCAACGUGAAUAUGUCCAUGGACGACUAUCUACGGAUGGUAAACAGGGGGGGUUGGCUUUAACACUCCGUCUGGCUGAGCAGAACGUGUCCGACAUGACGACGUAUAUUCGACAGCAAGAGGCAAAGAAUGCUACAAUUGUGACAAGUCGAGAUCAAGUAGAGAACGUGGUAAGAGAUGGUGUCAAUGUAUGUGGCAUUUGCUUGGAAGGGGACGUGACCAACGGGGAGAACAUGAAGGAGGAAGACAAAACAGAGGUGUUGUCUUGUGGUCACAUCUUUCAUGUUUGCUGCAUUGAACAGUGGCUGCAAUAUCGACGUGUAUGUCCUAUGGAUAGACAACCAGUGGACUGA